ACAAAUUAACCUUCCUUUUGACAAACUGCGACGUGCAUAUUGAACCAUAUACGGAUAACCAGACAAUAUCAUCAUCUUCUUAAUCUAUAUUGGAUAAAUAUACGUCUGACUCAAACGAUUGUAUUAUUCAAGGCAAAUUGUAAUUCAGAGAUGUUUGUUUACGUGAUAUUGUUGUCUUGCUGUCUUUCUCUUAUCUCUGCUGAGUCCUGUCUUGGAAAUCAGGAGGAAUCUUUACUCAAUGACAUUAAAUCUGCUAUACAGAAGUUGGAAAUAAGAUUGAAAGAUAAGUCUUUUCGGUGCUCUCCUGGAUGGAAAGAACACGCAAACCACUGCUACAAUUUCAUCUCAACACCAGUUACGUGGAAUGAAGCAGAGAGGGCUUGCCGAAAGAUUGGAGGAUACUUAGUAAAGGUGGAUAACGAGUCAGAAAGCAACUGGUUGAAGCAAGAGGCAAAUGUUGAAGAAAAAAGUUUCUGGGCUGGGGCUGCGGAUUUCAACGAGGGUGACUGGAGAUGGAUCGUCGACUUUUCGAACGUGACUUUUACAGAUUGGCAUACUGGGCAACCAGAUAACUCUGGGGGACAUGAGGACUGCCUUGAGAUUGAGAAAUCAUAUAACUAUCAAUGGAACGAUGUUGUAUGCACUAUACAAAAUGGGUAUAUAUGUGAAAGCGAAAAGGGUGGAGCAUGUAUCCCCUAUUCGAAACUGUUCCGCAAGUAAAUGCGAUUGAAGAGAACAAAAUACAUCCCUUGGCAAGAUAUACGUUGACACCUGUAUGGCACAAGAAACAGGCUGUUGUUGAUGUCAUAAUUAUCUACCGGAAUUAAACUCAAUUUCGAUAUGAUAUAUAAUACUGUGUAUCGAAUAUGUUAUCAUUUUAAUUCGAUAUAAACUUAUCAUAGAU